CUCUACCUGUGUGACAACAAGUUCCACACUGAAGCUCUGAAUGAACUCCUGGAAUCUGAUGAGAAGUUUGGAUUUAUUGUGAUGGAUGGGAAUGGAACCCUCUUUGGAACUCUCAGCGGUAAUACCCGAGAGGUGCUUCACAAGUUUUCUGUUGAUCUCCCGAAGAAACACGGGAGAGGAGGACAAUCAGCCCUUCGGUUUGCCCGUCUCCGUAUGGAGAAGCGCCACAAUUAUGUGAGGAAGACCGCUGAACUCGCCACACAGUAUUACAUUAAUCCUGCUACAAGCCAGCCUAAUGUGGCUGGACUGAUCCUUGCUGGUUCAGCUGACUUCAAGACUGAGCUGAGUCAGUCAGACAUGUUUGAUCCCCGUCUUCAGGCAAAGAUCCUUAACGUUGUUGAUGUCUCAUAUGGAGGAGAAAAUGGAUUUAAUCAAGCUAUCGAGCUCUCUUCAGAGAUCCUGGCUAACGUGAAGUUCAUCCAAGAGAAGCGUUUGAUUGGCAAGUACUUUGAGGAGAUAAGCCAGGACACUGGGAAAUAUGUCUUUGGUGUCGAUGACACACUGAAAGCUUUAGAGUCUGGCGCCGUGGAAACCCUAAUCGUUUGGGAGAAUGUGGAUAUCAACAGAUAUGUGUUGAAAAACAAUGCCACCGGUGAAACGAUGAUCAAGUUUCUGAACAAGGAACAGGAAGCCGAUAUGGAUAACUUCAAGUCGGGAAACGAGGACUUGAACGUUGAGGACAAGAUGCCUCUCCUAGAGUGGCUGGCUAACGAAUACCGACAAUAUGGAUGCAGUCUAGAGUUUGUCACGAAUAGAUCGCAAGAAGGGUCUCAAUUCUGCAGAGGCUUUGGAGGGAUUGGAGGAAUUCUCCGUUACCAGCUCGACUUGAGCAACUUUGACGAGGAGGACGACGGAGAAAUCUAUGGUGAUUCUGAAUAACAAUCAGUCAACUUUACCACCUCGUCGCUGGUUCAGGACGACGAGGCAAUCAGGCCUGAACCAGCGUACGAGGGCUCUCGGGCGGAGGAACUGUACUUAUCCAGUCGUUUUGCAUUAAGGGGGUGGAGAGUAAAAAAAGAGGCUGGAGAGGUGCGGAACACAAACAAGCUUUUAGAGGACGAAUGAGUUUGGUCUGAAAGGGAGAUUGGAUAAGAUGUUAUCUUUAUCUUCGACAUGAAACUUGGAAAAGAUGUCUUUUCGGUACUAUGUUUUUAGACUUAGUUUUUCUGUACUUCUGGUUUGUCUUUUAUUC